GCCAUCUUUUCUCCCACAUGCGUGUACGUGUGUGUCUCAGGUAAACAGGCUCGUCUGGAAACUCUUCCGCUGCUAUUUCUGGUUCCGAGAUACAAACAUGGCGUCCGCCGUGCUGAAGGUUGCAGUGGCAGGUCUUUCUAGAUGUUCUCGUCUCACACUCAUGAGAGCACAUUCAACAACAACACCCCUCCAUCAGGGCGUGCCUGGAUCACUCUGGAAGAUUGGGAGGCUGAACCACAUUGCCAUCGCCGUCCCCGAUAUGGAGAAGGCUACAGCUCUGUAUCGGGACGUACUGGGGGCCACAGUGAGUGCCAAGGUGCCCCUACCUGAGCAUGGUGUAUACACUGUGUUUGUGGAGCUCGGCAACACUAAGCUGGAGCUGCUCCAUCCUCUGGGAGAGAAGAGCCCGAUCGCUGGCUUCUUACAGAAAAACAAGUCUGGAGGGAUGCACCACAUUUGUAUUGAGGUCGACGACAUUAAUGCUGCAAUAGUCGACUUGAAAGCAAAGAACAUCAGAACUCUGUCAGCAGAGCCUCGGAUAGGUGCUCAUGGGAAACCAGUGAUGUUUCUCCACCCUAAAGACUGUGACGGUGUGCUAGUGGAGCUUGAAGAAGCGUGAACACUGACUUGGGAGCUGUUAAUUCACUUUUAUAUAUUCCACAGUCAGUUUGAUAACAAAUGUUGAUCUUGUAAUAUUUGUCUUUAUAGCACUAAGGUUUAGUCUUCUCAUUUCAGAAAUGUUCCUCAAAGUUGUUCCUCCAAUUCUGUUCUUGACUUUCCUGUUGUGUUGGGAAUAAAUAAGUGUUCAAUAAAUGUCCAUUUGCAUUUGA